AUGUGUGGCAUAUUCGGAUACAUCAACUACCUGGUCGAGAAAGACCGCAGCUAUAUCCUUCAGACUCUGGUCAAUGGCCUCUCGAGACUCGAAUACAGAGGCUACGACUCAGCCGGUCUUGCUGUCGAUGGAGACAAGAAAAAUGAAGUCUUUGCUUUCAAGGAAGUAGGCAAGGUAGCCAAGCUGAAAGAUCUCAUUGACAGCUCGGAGCUGGACCUCUCAAAGACCUUUGAUUCUCAUGCUGGUAUCGCUCACACUCGAUGGGCAACUCACGGAACCCCUUCCAGAAUCAACUGUCACCCACAUAGAUCUGAUCCUAACUGGGAAUUCUCUGUCGUUCACAAUGGCAUUAUCACUAACUACAGGGAGCUCAAGGCUCUCCUAGAGUCCAAGGGUUUCCGCUUCGAGACCGAAACUGAUACGGAGUGUAUAGCUAAAUUGGCCAAGUACCUCUACGACCAACACCCAGACAUUGAUUUCACCGUGCUUGCGAAAGCUGUCGUCAAGGAGCUCCAGGGUGCUUUUGGGCUGCUGUUGAAAUCUGUCCACUACCCCCACGAAGUCAUCGCGGCUCGCAAGGGUUCUCCUCUGGUAGUCGGGGUCCGCACAGGGAGGAAGAUGAAGGUCGACUUUGUUGACGUUGAAUUCUCGGAGGACGGUGCCUUACCCGCGGAGCGGGCGUCCCAGAACGCUGCCAUUAAGAAAUCGGCCACCAGUCUGUUGGCACCUCCGGAUAAAUCCCUCCUCCAUCGCUCUCAAUCCCGCGCCUUCUUGUCUGACGAUGGUAUCCCCCAACCAGCUGAAUUUUUCCUUUCUUCUGACCCAUCCGCCAUUGUCGAGCACACCAAGAAGGUUCUCUACCUUGAGGAUGAUGACAUCGCGCACAUACACGAGGGCCAAUUGAACAUUCACCGUCUUACUAAACACGACGGAACCUCCAACGUCCGCGCUAUCCAGACCAUCGAACUUGAACUCCAGGAAAUCAUGAAGGGAACGUUCGACCACUUCAUGCAGAAGGAAAUCUUCGAGCAACCCGAAUCCGUUGUCAACACCAUGCGUGGCCGUCUGGACGUUGCUAACAAGAAAGUUACACUCGGUGGCUUGAGACAGUAUAUCACCACUAUUCGCCGGUGCAGACGCAUCAUUUUCAUCGCCUGCGGCACCAGUUAUCAUUCCUGCAUGGCUGUCCGUGGCGUUUUUGAAGAACUAACCGAAAUCCCCAUUGCCGUCGAGCUCGCCUCCGAUUUCCUAGAUAGACAAGCGCCUGUCUUCCGAGACGAUACUUGCGUCUUCGUCUCCCAGUCCGGCGAAACUGCUGAUUCCCUGAUGGCACUCCGAUACUGUCUUGAGCGUGGUGCCCUGACUGUCGGAAUUGUCAAUGUUGUCGGAUCGUCCAUUUCUCUCCUCACGCACUGCGGUGUGCACAUCAACGCCGGUCCGGAAAUCGGAGUCGCGUCUACCAAAGCAUAUACCUCGCAGUUCGUCGCUAUGAUUAUGUUUGCUUUGUCACUGAGUGAAGACCGGGCGUCCAAGCAGAAAAGACGGGAGGAUAUCAUGGACGGCUUGUCCAAGGUGUCUGAUCAGUUCAAACAAAUCCUGAAGCUAAGCGAACCGAUCAAGGAGAUGUGCGCGAAGUUCUUUAAGAAUCAGAAGAGUGCCCUUAAAAUCAAGGAAAUCUCGUACCUUCACUGCGAAGCCGUCAUGUCUGGCGAGCUGAAACAUGGAGUCCUCGCCCUGGUCGAUGAGAAUCUACCCAUCAUUAUGAUUCUGACACGUGAUGGUAUCUUCAAGAAGUCACUCAACGCAUAUCAGCAAGUAAUCGCCCGCCGCGGUCGCCCAAUUGUGAUCUGCAAUACAGGAGACAAGGAAUUUCCCGCAUCUGAAACGGAGCGCAUCGAAGUACCUCAGACCGUCGAUUGUCUACAGGGUCUGCUGAAUGUUAUCCCCCUACAACUGAUUGCAUACUGGCUCGCUGUGGCAGAAGGGCUGAAUGUGGAUUUCCCACGGAAUCUGGCUAAGUCUGUUACUGUUGAGUAG